AUGGUCUUCAUGGCUCGGGCGUCAUCAGAAUCGAUGUCUCUAGGGGACAUCCAAUCCUGGCAUUUCGACCUCGAUCGAUGGGUGAACCCAUGGAUUCCGGCGCCGAGAUGGCAUCUGGUUCCUCGACCGAUCGCACACUUCCUUGGCUACCGAGACAGUGCCCCAAGACCGCUGGGGAAUGUGUUGUUGGCCUUAUGGUCGAUGGUGGGAGCUUUCUGCGGCGUGGCCCUGGUGGCCGAGGUCUCCAGCCGCGUGCCUUCCUUUGAGGCACGCAAUGCACCGGCGAUUAUUGGAAGCUUUGGAGCGGCGGCGGUAAUCGAGUUCUGCGCCAUUGAGUCGCCCUUUGCACAGCCGCGAAAUGCUUUUUUCAGCCAGAUGAUUGCCUGUUUUAUGGGCGUUGGAAUAUCCAAACUUUUCGCGUUGAGUUCUCAUGCAGAGAACUACACGUCACUCGGUGGUGCGCUGGCCUGUGGUCUCACCACCGCCGUGAUGCUUCUAACCGGCACUGUACACCCACCGGCGGGUGCGACAGCCCUGCUGGCCGUUACGAAUUCGCAGACAGCUGGACUGGGCUGGUUUCUCUUUCCCAUCAUGAUCCUGGGGAUUACGUUGAUGCAGGCGGCCGCCUUGCUCAUCAACAAUAUCCAGCGGCGGUAUCCAUUGUACUGGUGGACGUCACACCCUCUGGCCCGAGCCCAGUCCACAGAUGAUAACGAGAAGGGACCUCACAAGGCGGGCUCUAAUGUGUCCAGUUACUAUGAGGAUAGCCUGACAGACGUUCCUCGACGAUUGGUAGUGCAACGGGGGGAUAUCGAGGUGCCCGAUGGGGUGUAUUUAUCGCAUGAGGAGCGUGCCAUGCUGGAGCGGAUCAGUGAAAGGAUCUAA